AGUGGCGGUGUUCCAAUGAAUCCCAGUUCCUCGCAAAGAUACAUAUAUUUUUUUAUGUUUCAAUAUUGAAUGUGAUCAAUACUCAAUUCUUUCGUGUAAUCGCGAAUACACUGAACAAGUUUUGUCGAAAGUCAAUUAAAGCCACCUCCGCGCAAUCGGAAAGCCUAAACCAGCCAUCGUAUACCACAGGCAACAAUUGCUACGCUUUUGUAUACAAUUUUCAAUUAUAUUAAAGGAAAGGGAAAGCUGCCUGCUGGCAGUUCUUAGCACGACAUGGUCGUGUCCGAAUCAGAAUCCGAGUUUCUGUCUGAGUCCGAACCACAACCUAUGAGUAAGCACCAGGCAGCAAUCGACGGAAAUCUUGAAAAUUUGCUUAAUAGUCGUGCUGAUGAAGAGGACACUGAGUUAUGCCCUGAUAGCGAAGAUAAUCCAGAAGGUACCAACCAAGAAGUCCAUAGUCCAGAGAAUGCAGAACAUCCGAAGGUCAAUCUAGAAGAUAUUAGAGGUCCAGCAAAGGAAGAUAUCACCAGACCUCUUGUCCUCGAGGAAAGACACUCGCUGUCCAUAGCUGAAACAAAAAAGCGCAGAGAGAGUGUAUUUUCCAACGAACUACUGUUCAUACCCAAAGAACUCGCGCGCAGUGAACUUCAGCAGCGCACAAGGACACUAAGUAGAUACGCCAAAAAUCGGGAAUACCAUCUGCGAAUGCUGAAAUUUCCGGUGGGAUCGGGUCGCCCUCGAUACGUGGCUAAGAAAAUGAAGGAGGCAUGUCACCCGAGAUACAAAGAAUGCGGCAAUGAUCCCGAAACUACCAGCAUUAAAGACGAAGAAUUUAUUGAUGAGCCUCUCGAAGUAUUUCAAAAUGCUAGCGAGGUACCCCUAAGCAUGCCUGAUUUGGAAGCAGAAAUUGGGGGAAAGGACCAACUAUGUGAUGAUGAAGAAGUUAACAUUAUGUUGUGCGACUUUGUCAAGGAGGAAGUUCAGUCUGAUUCGGAUUCGGAUUUGGAAAAGAUUAACCGAAAAAUCCUCCAGAGCCAGCGUGAAAGUGUUAUACGAACUAGCAGCUCAAAACGCCAACACUAUCCCUACUUUUCCUGGCACAAUCCGGAUCGGGAGUAUGGGAAUUUGAAGGUAGAGAUUAGGGAGUCAUGGAAAAGGGAGCCGGAAAUCCAAGUGGGCUGCUGUGAGGAGAAUAGUUCACAUCUUGCAGAGUGCAAGACGGAAGUCGAGGAGGAAGUGGUCGAGGAAGCGGACGAAGAGGUGGAGGAGCAAGUGAACCAUACCCAGGAACUAGUAAAUCGGGAACGGGUUGAACCACCAUCAGAUAAGGAGCCUCAGUUACCUCAGCCACCACAGGAAAUCGACGCCUUUUACUCUUCCACGCAGAGCCAGUUAACCCAAGAAGUUCGUCCCGCAGUUGCUGAAGUGCCUGUACAAGACCUGGCUCCCGUAAGAUCGGGAUCCCCUGAAGAUUUUGGGCAAACAACACUACGUCAGCAGUUAAUUCAUCACAUUGUGCAACCGAAUGUAUGCAACGAGCAAGCAUACCAAUCCAUCACUUGCAACAAUAACACCGUCGAUCGAGUCAAUCAAAAUCUCAGACCACAUCCGCUUGUAGAUGCUUCCGUGGCCCACGAGGCAGCCCUCCAAUGGCAUCCGCAAAACGCUGAGAACUACUCGAACCAAAAUCAGGUAUUCCACAAGCAGCAGCUGCACAUCCAAAAUCAACAAUACCUGCAACAUCAAUUUAAACUGCCAGCAAGUCAACAGCAGCAUGAAGCUAUUUUCCAGCAACAACAGCAAGCAGCGGAGGACAAACUGCAGCAGUUGAGGGCCAUGUACCAGCGGAUCAAGAGCCGCGAGAAGGAUCAACUGCAUCACCUAGGCAAGUCCUUGAAGAAGAUCCUGGAUGAGCGUCUGAUCUGCGAGCGACAGCAUGCGGAGGAAAAGCGAUUGUAUUUGCUCAAAAUGGAGCAAUUCAAGAAAGUGGAGGAGAAACUGAAGCUGGACAGGGAGCAACUGCAGCGCCAACUGAGAUCCGAUCUGACAACUCUGGAGCUGAGAAUGGCUGACCAGCAGCGCCAGCUGGAGGAGAAGGCUUUGGCCUGGUCCUGGCAGCACCAGCAGCAACUGCAGCAGCAGCAACAGUUGCAGCAGCAACAUUUGCAGCGGCAACAUUUGCUGAUUCCACAGCAACAGCAACCACAACAGCAGCUGCAGCAGCAGCACUUUGUGCAUCAGGAAUCCCAUAUGAACUCGGAGGCCUAUAUGAUGCAGCAACACUCCUUCCUGUGCGAUCCAUCAUACAUAUACUCAACUGCCUAUCAGGAAUCGGUGGUGUAUCAGCAGCGCAUCCAAGCCUACCAUGAGCAGCAGAACUACCAUGCGGCAGAGUCGCGUACCACAGCCAUUGAGUUGCAGAGAAGAUUGCUCCUUCCGCCGCCUCCGUAUUGCCAAUCUAGCAGCAGGACCUGCACUGAAGUUAGCCCACCAUCCCGGAAAGUGAGGCGUAGUCGCACAGGGAUUUCCGAGCAGGGGUCGGAUCCCUAUCCUCGCCAGGUGAGAAGUCCCUUGCCACCCGCUGUACAGAUCUUGCCCAUCCACAGGAACCCGCAGUCCCAACCCCUUGAGCCCAGAAACGACCACUUCGGAAUGAACUCUGUGAUUAACAAUUACGUGGCUAAUUUUAUGAACGUGCAGGCUGAUCGAUAAUUACUUUUAAUUUUACUUAAUUGUGUAAAGUAUGUUACUUGUGAUAUAAGAAUUACUAGCUGCUGUGUAAACUGUAUA